GGUGAAUUACGGCUACUUUGAACACGAGUUGUUUGAUUACGUGCUGGUGGAAGUAAAAAGUCUUUAAGUUGUUCGUUUUGAAAGCUGUACUAAGAGUUUGUGAGAGGAUACAGCGGUCUGACGUCACUGGAGUGUCAGCUGUUUGGGAGCUAGUCAGAUAAAGUCGCUUAGCACAGCGACUGGUAUUUAUUUCUCUCGUGUGAGCAUUGCAAAGUUUCAACAUUUCACUAUAACUCGACCCAGAGACCGUGUGGUGGAACGACUUAGCAGCAGUUAACCAUGGCGGCGUGCUCAAGGUACUCUCUGUACUGGGAGGAGACGGACUGCUUGAGCUACUAUGACAUGCUGUCUCUUCAUGAAAUCUUCGAAAUUGUGGGUUCCCAGCUGACAGAGACUGACGUUGAAGUCCUGUCGUUCCUUCUCGAUGAAGCCUAUCCUGCCAGGCAUCCUCUCGAUCCAGAAAGCUGGACUGAAGAGGUUUUGCCGGACUCUGAUUCACCUAUAAAUUCUCCUUGCCCACGCCUUUUGGAGGCAUGGCGCAGGAUAAACCCAAAGGGAGAGCCAGGCCCAUUUGCUGCCCACUGCAAGCCAAAGAGUGGUGUUGCACUGUUGCUGGAACUGGAGAGACGUGGUGUUUUGAAUGAAGCAAAUCUGGAACCUCUGUUGCAGCUGCUCCGGAUUCUUACACGGCACGACCUCUUACCGUUUGUCUCCAGCAAGAAAAGAAGAACAGUGUCACCGGAGAGAGAACCCAUAAGCUUGGAAAGCAGAGACCAUGCACACACGAGUUCACACUCAGACUUGGCGAACACACAAGAAUCUCAGUGGAGGGCAGGUGUUGGCUCAGCUGUCACAGCAUCUGCACCAGCACGAAGGAGAAAGGGAAGAGGGCGAGGCCGGGCAAGAAAGACCAGGGAAGCGUCAGAAAUCGUACCUCAGCCUGCACCUAACAAAGUGACCUGCGAUAUCAGACUGCGUGUUCGGGCCGAGUACUCGGAGCACGAGUCAGCCCUGCGUGCCAGGGUCUCCUCGGAUAAGCAACAGCCUCUGGAGCGCCGGUUUGAACUGUUCAGCCGUGCCAGCCUUCUGCUGCGCGCUCGUGACCUCGGCUCCAUCGUCUGCGACAUCAAGUUCUCCGAGCUGCAGAACCUCGACGCGUUUUGGGCCGACUACCUGAGUGGCGCACUGCUGGAGGCGCUCAAGGGCGUCUUCAUCACAGACUCGCUGAAGAGAGCGGCUGGGCAAGAGGGCGUGCGGCUGCUGGUCAGCGUCGACCAGGACGACUAUGAAGAGGGCAGGAAGCUACUGCUCAGCAACCAGACACACAACACAGCAAGCGGCCCAGUGCACAGAUCCUAAGAAAUCUAAAGGCUGCCAAAAAAAAAAAAAAGAAGAGAGAAGAAAGAAGAACAGUGCUCUCGAGUUAAUUUAAUCACGACAAUGCAGGAUGGGCCGUGUAUGACUCGAGAGGAAAUAGAGAGAUUUGAAUUCAAGUAUAACUGAAAGAGACACAAACACUUUACCAAACAGGUACCAAGUUCUCCCUAGACACGUGUUUGUAGGCUAAUGGAUGGCACACGUGUUCAGACCACACGUUAGCUCUGGGCCGCUUCCUGCACUACUGUUAAUUUGUGCGUUACAGUACGGUAUGUCUUCGGGUACACCACAGAUAAUAGGAAAUAAAGGAGACCCAGCUGAAAGUGGAUUUGUAUUUUAUGUUAAGGGUAUCUGGGCAAUGGACGAGGAUUUGCCAUGGUUUUGCUCUAAUUGUGUCGAUUAGGCAUCUGAGCUUAAUUAUAUAAUAUAGUUUGUAACCAGAGAUAUUGUUCUGAAAGUACCAAGAUUGGUCCGCAAAUAUGGUCACUAUUUGUCACCUUAAUCACAAAAAUGUACCUACAGUGGUAGGGGGUUUGUUUUGUGGUAUUAGCUUACCUGGUAUUUAUGGACCAGAUGGAACAUAACGUCUACGCAAUAAACACCAGCAUUCCAACACCCAGGCCCAGAAUGUCUCCGAGAUGCUUUGGGAAAAGUAAUGAAUUAUUUCCAGUGAACGGGAUUCUUAAAAGAACACUUUCACUCGAACAGAUGAUUCAGAUGAGCUGCAGUCGUCUUCUUCUUCAGCUAAAGUCACAACCACAUUGAGUCUUUAGAGGAUUUUUUUUUUUUAUUACUCAGAAUAUAUAGGUUAAUACACGUGUUAUCUUUGUAUCAUCUAAAGAAAAUGUAAACCAAAAGAAGUAGUCAAAGGUAGUGAUUCUCUUGUGUGUCUGGUGAGUCAAAAUGGUUUCUUGCUGUCCUACUUUUUCCUUAUGGGUUUUUUUCGUGAACGUUUUAAUUUAAUGAACGCAUGUAUAGAUGUUUAUAUUUCAAUUUUGAAUUUAAUUCUGUAUUAAAUAUUACCACAAGUG